CUUGUACCCGGAGCAGGAUUCAUCUCCAAAGGGGGAUCCUAGAAACAUGACAUAAACUCUCUACCCUCGCAUGCAGCAACUACACAUAUCACACCUGCAACCCCAAGACAUAUCCAGACUAAACCUGUUCCAACCCAUGAUGACUCUCUACGAGGAGGAACUUGGUCCCCUGGCCAAGCGUCCUAGAAUCGAUUACAAUACGAACUUUGAAACCUUCGGGCAUCCGUUCCUCAUUCCUCCGCAGCUCGUGGAUAUCCAACUUUCAAAGAAAUCCGUUGAAGACAACCCGAACCACAUUCUACUCUACACCGUUCUAAAUCCAACCUUUCCGAUCUCAUGUGACGUGCUCCACACAAUAUCCAACCCGUUCGGGAAGGUUCUACGGAUCGUGAUAUUUCGGAAAAAUGGUAUCCAGGCGAUGCUUGAGUUUGAUAGUUUAGAAUCUGCUCAGAGAGCGAAGGAAAGCCUACACGGUUGUGAUAUAUACAGUGGGUGUUGUACGCUCAAGAUAGAGUACGCUAAACCAACCAAACUAAACGUUUAUAAAAAUGAUAGUGAAAGUUUUGAUUAUACAAAUCCUAGUCUAGGAUCUAAUAUCCUGGAGCAGACUAUGCUCUCCCUGGGGACUCAGAGACCCGUCCUGCUCAAGGAUCCUCUUCUAGCUGCCGGAGAAAAUCUGGCUUUAUCUCCACUCGCCCUGGCACUCCGCCCCCAUCAUUUAUUUGGUCCACCGGGCGGACAAGUAGCAGUUUCCCUAGGAGCUUCUCCGUCAAUAAAUUUUAGUUCUCUCUUUACCCAAUCACUCCCUCGGCUCCCUAGUCCAGGAGAACUAGUCCCUCAGCAAACCCAGUCUCUGGUACCUAGUCAACCCGGAGCAUUAGUUUCGUCCCAGGUUCUCAGUUCUCCGCCUCCUAACCAGACCCAGAGCUCUGUAACCAUGGUGUAUGGUUUAAACAGUCAGCACAUGAACUGUACACGGAUAUUUAACCUAUUCUGUUUGUACGGAAACGUGGUUCGGGUUAAAUUUCUCAAGACUAAGGAAGGUUGCGCUAUGGUUCAGAUGGGGGAUAGUGUAGCUGUAGAGAGAGCUGUAACAAACCUCAACAACAUCACGUUCUUCGAGACGAAGAUGCAGUUAGGGUUCUCCAAACAAGCCUUCCUUGCUGAUGUUCAGCAACCCUACGAGCUUCAGGACGGGUCUCCAUCUUUCAUCGACUUCAUGGGGAACAAAAAUAACCGGUUUAUUAACCCAGAAAUGGCGUCGAAAAACCGGAUUCAACCUCCCUCUAAAAUCCUCCAUUUCUUCAAUACUCCGCCCGGCCUAGAUGCUGGAGAUAUUGAAAAGAUCUUCUGUAAACAUGGAGCUCCGAAACCAAAAUGCAUAAAAAUGUUUCCGUCUAAGACGGAGCGUAGCUCCAGUGGGCUCAUUGAGUUCGACAGUCUCUCUCAGGCCCUGGAGAGCUUGGUGCUCGCCAACCACGUCCCUGUUGAGAACAACAACGGGAAGUUUCCGUACAUCAUGAAGCUUUGCUUCUCCAGUAGUAAAGCAAUCCCAGUGAUAAUUCACUGAUGCGUCGCGCCUCGAUAAGCCAAGUUCAGUCAGUGAUUAGGACGCUCCUAAUUUUUGUUAUAAAGUUUUCAAUUUAGUGUUCGCUCCCAUGAGGGCAGUCGGAAAUGUGUCAAAAUACUAUUUCUCAGCUGUGUGUGUUCAGAUGUUCCGGGGGAACCUGUCUUAGUGAUUGAUAGUAUUCUCCAGAACAAGAAUUCUCAAAUCUUACAAAAAAAAA